AUGGCAACUACUCCACCAAGGAUUAGGAGGAGUAGUAACAAGUCCAAGAAGGUCGUUGCGUCGUCCGCGGUUGCAGGUGGCGCCGCCGGCGGCGGCGCGAGGGGCAAGGGAAGGUCGUCGGCGCCAGCGGCCAUUCCGGCUGGUAGCUCGAGCUCGGAGAGGCGGCGAGGCGGCAACAGCGAAGAAGACGAGGAGGACCAUGGAGGAGAGAUGCUGCCUCCGCAUGAGUGGCUGGCGAGGAAGAUGGAGCGGAUGGGCGUGGCGUCGCCGCCGGAUCAGGCGUGCCGGCCCGGGAGGAGCAAGGGGCGGGAGCUGACCAAGGUCAGGGACGCCGUGCUCCCCAAGACCGCCUUCUCUGAGCGGUUGUUGAUGGCCAAGACGUCUUUCAAGAUGGGGCACGACCUCGAAAAAAGGCAGGCCGAAUCUGCCAGGAUCAGGGAUAAGUACCCCGACAGAAUUCCUGUGAUUGUUGAGAAAGCUGGCAAGACUGAUGUCCCUGAAAUUGAUAAGAAGAAGUACCUUGUCCCUGCUGAUAUCACUGUCGGCCAGUUUGUCUAUGUGGUGAGGAAGAGGAUCAAGCUGAGCCCAGAGAAGGCAAUCUUCAUCUUUGUGAAGAACACCUUGCCACCAACUGCCUCUUUGAUGUCUGCGAUCUACGAAGAGAACAAGGACGAGGAUGGCUUCCUCUACAUGACCUACAGUGGCGAGAACACCUUCGGCUCUGCCUAG